GUUCAAAAUCGGCUGCGAUGGCUCGUACAAAGCAAACUGCUCGUAAAUCCACUGGAGGCAAGGCCCCACGGAAACAGCUCGCUACCAAGGCAGCUCGUAAGAGUGCGCCAGCGACUGGAGGAGUCAAGAAACCGCAUAGAUACCGCCCAGGAACCGUCGCGUUGCGCGAAAUCCGUCGUUUCCAGAAGAGCACUGAACUGUUGAUUCGCAAACUACCGUUCCAGCGUUUGGUGCGUGAAAUUGCGCAAGAUUUUAAAACCGAUUUGCGAUUCCAGAGCUCUGCUGUCAUGGCUCUUCAAGAGGCCAGCGAAGCCUAUCUCGUAGGUCUUUUUGAAGACACCAACUUGUGCGCUAUCCACGCUAAGCGAGUGACUAUUAUGCCCAAGGACAUUCAACUAGCUCGUCGUAUUCGUGGCGAACGUGCCUAAUUUGAGUUCUUCAUACUUCGACUGUUGGAACA